CUCUACUUGGAUGGGUCAGUACACGCCAAGUGGUUCAAUAGUAACUAUCGGUUCCAGGACACUUCGUGUGACUUCAAGUGAUUGGUGCGUGGACAGAGUUUUGACGGUGCGCAAAUCUGUGGAAUCGUGACUCAUCCGAGGCCGUAUGGCUGUAUCUGCGCUAAACAUGUCACCCUACUUCGCAGGAUACCCCUUCCAAGGUCAAGGUCGCGUGAACCAACUAGGUGGUGUCUUCAUUAACGGGCGACCUCUUCCGAACCACAUCCGUUUGAAAAUCGUUGAAAUGGCCGCAGCUGGCAUCCGACCUUGCGUGAUAUCCCGUCAGCUGAGGGUAUCCCAUGGGUGCGUGUCGAAGAUCCUGAAUCGCUACCAAGAGACUGGCAGCAUCAGGCCGGGCGUUAUUGGUGGCUCCAAGCCGCGAGUUGCCACCCAGGAAGUCGAGACCAGGAUAGAGCAGCUGAAGAAGGAGCAACCUGGGAUCUUCUCUUGGGAGAUACGGGAUAGGUUGAUCAAGGAAGGAAUCUGUGACAAAAACUCUGCGCCAUCCGUGAGCUCUAUAAGCAGAUUAUUGCGUGGCGGAAGGAAAGAUGACCCAGAACGAAAAAACCACUCCAUUGAUGGAAUCUUAGGCCCAACUUCUUCAUGUGACGAAAGUGACACGGAAUCAGAACCUGGGAUCCCCCUGAAACGCAAACAACGCCGCUCUAGAACCACCUUUACCGGAGAGCAACUGGAAGCACUAGAACGCGCGUUUGGUCGUACCCAGUACCCAGAUGUCUAUACCAGGGAGGAGCUUGCCCAAAAGACAAAGCUGACUGAAGCAAGAGUACAGGUUUGGUUUUCCAACCGCCGCGCCAGACUCCGCAAGCAACUGAACUCCCAACAACUCAACGCUUUCAACGCGAUGUCCCUCCAGUCUGCCUUCCCAGUCCAACAGCACUAUCCUGAAGCGGCCUUCAACCAGAGCUCCUGGACCCAACAGAGCUACGCCUCAGCAGCUCUGGGUGGUACUCCAACCCUGGCUAGUGCUCUUCCUUCAGCCAGCCUGCCACUGUCUGCAGUCAGUACCAAUAGCAACAGCAAUACCAGUACCACUCCACCAGCUCAUACUCAGAAUACCUUGUAUAAUGGGUACAACGGAGGUACAAAUGGACUGGAACAGAACAGCGUGUUAAACAGUGAGAACCAGUUCGGGUAUAACAUGUCAACGCAAGUGUCACCCAACCAGCACAGUGUGUCUCCUCAACAGAGUUCUGUCUGGGCCCGUCAUGCGCAGAACAACAAGGUUCCUGAGAAUUUGGCGGCGCCGUGGCAUGAAAAUUAUAGCUUAUUUGCUCCUGGGACCCACUACGGAGCUCAUUCACCCACUGAAGCAAAGUCCGGAUAUCCCUACUUUGGAGCCAUGGAAAUGUGUUCUAGCAGAGUUCACUAAUCACCAAGUCAAAUACUGUUUCUUUGUGGUGGAUUUAAUAUUACACUCACGUAGCCAUAGGACAUACCUUGCACUUAAGUUACAAAUUUCGAUCUGUGUCCAAUAUGUAUAGUAUAUACAUUAUUAUUUCGUUUUAUUUUUGAUACAGAAUGAGGCAAAACAUGCUAUUAAUUUGAGGUCAACUUAAGGAUAAACACGGAACUCCUUCAUCUUGAAGUUAAACAUUAUAGAUUACGAGCUUUGACAUCUAGCAUGGCGGCCGAAAUUGUGACUUCAUAUGUGAAGAUAAGCUAUGUGAUAGAUUCACAUACAAUAUAAAUUGCAGAUGUUUGAUCAUAUGAACUAAUAAUUAAAACCCGUACUUAUUAUAAAAGAAAUUCACAUUUACUCUAGUAUAUUAAUGCUUGGGUAAUUGCUUCCAACAACGUCGCUCUAGUACACCUUGUUAUAAGAUAGAGAACUAUUACCUACAUGGUCUUUUUCAAUAAUUAUCAUCAAAUUUCUCAACUUAUAACCAGGAACCUAGUAAAAAUGAUUAAAAUCUGUACCCGAAACGGAUUAUGUAAUUGACAGAGCUCUUAUAGUCAACAACCAUGUGACUUAACACGCUUUAAUUAAUAAUAGUCAAUUAAUUAUGUACAUUUUUAUUUAUAUGUAAAUAGGCGUUGAUAAAGUGCUGUCACUGAGCUCAUUAAACUAAAUCAUGAAUGUGAGUAGCAAGGUAGUGAAUUACGUAGACGAAAGCUCAACGAUUAUGAAUAAUUGGUCACUAUAUGUAUAGCUAUAAGUUUCUUUGAAAGUAAAGCAUCCCUCAUAACAUGUUCAUCAAUCGCUUCGAAUCGUAUAGAAUAAUGCAUCACACACUGCUAUUGACACUUACUACUUCAGCAAUAACGUACUUUGACUAAAUUGCUAUGACUACCGUAUUACCAACGAAAAUGUGUUAAGACAAACCUCAUUUAUGUCACAUCAAAAAUAACAAGAUCACUGGACUUUCCCUUCCACUCGCCUGUUGACAUUUAAGUCCCGCGGUCCAACAGGGGCCAAAUAAUUUUAUGAUCGCACGCUAAUGUCUCUUCCGAAUAGACACAUUUUUUUUAAAUAAGAAUGCAUAGCUUAUAAUUUUUGAGUCGUGAUUUCAAUCAUUAUACCUAUUUCUUUAAACAAACGAUUACUUCGUCAGUAAUGUAUAUUAUGUACGUGUAAAUGUGUAUUGUUUUACGGUCUGUUGUCGAAACAAUACUGUAUCACAUCGUUUCUCUCCUUUGUGUAAAAUGUACAUACUGUAAAUAUAUUUAAUUUACUCAUCUG